UAAUUAGGUAAAUAAAUGAAAAGUUGUAAGUUGUGAGAAGCAAAAGAAGUAAUUAGUUUAGGGGGUCCAUGGCAAAGUCAAACUCAACCAAGCCUCGAUUCUCUUUGUAUCUCUUCACAUUCUUAUCUUUCAUUCUCUUCGCUUCCACCAUUCUCCUUAUUCAUGAUUUCUUAUUCAUCUUCCCCCCACAACUCCAACUCCAUUCCAAUGAUGCUGACUUGACUCGGUCCCACACCGUUCAUACGUGCGACAUUUUCAGUGGACGGUGGGUUCCAGACGAGUUGACUCGGCCGUUGUACCAGGAAUCGGACUGUCCGUACAUACAACCAACGUUGACUUGUCAACAACAUGGUCGCCCGGAUAAGGAGUACAGACGGUUGCGCUGGCAACCUCACGGUUGCGAUAUUCCUAAAUUCAAUGCCAGUUUAAUGUUAGAAUCGCUUCGUGGGAAGAGGAUGAUGUUUGUCGGCGACUCCAUUAGCCGGGGUCAGUAUAUCUCUUUGAUAUGCCUUCUCCAUCAACUCAUUCCCCAACAUGCCAAAUCCAUGGAAACCUUUCAUUCACUCACUGUCUUCACAGCCAAGGAAUACAAUGCAACAAUUGAGUUCUAUUGGGCACCUUUUCUUCUUGAAUCAAACGCCGAUAACGCUGUCAUUCAUCGGGUAACUGAUAGGAUUGUCAGAAAGGGUUCGAUCAAUAAGCACGGCCGCUAUUGGAAAGGCGUAGACAUUGUGGUAUUCAACACCUAUAUUUGGUGGAUAACUACUGGCUCCAAGAUGAAGAUAUUGCUUGGCUCAUUUAAAGAUGAAGCAAAAGAGAUUGUUGAGAUGUCAACAGUGGAAGCCUAUCGCAUGGCUAUGAAAACUGUGGUUAGAUGGGUGAGAAUGAACAUGAAACCUAACAAGACUAGAGUCUUCUUCACUAGCAUGUCACCUUCUCAUGGAAGGAGCAUAGAGUGGGGAGGAGAACCAGGAGGGAACUGCUACAAUGAAACAACACCAAUUGAGGAUUCCUCAUAUUGGGACUCUAAUUCACUCAAAAGUAUAAUGCAAGUGAUUGGAGAAGAGUUCAAAAAAUCAAAAGUGCCCAUAACAUUUCUCAACAUUACUCAACUUUCGAGCCUCCGCAAAGAUGCGCAUACUUCAAUCUACAAAAAGCGUUGGAAUCCAUUGACUCCAGAGCAAUUAGCUAACCCUACUAGCUAUGCCGAUUGUAUACAUUGGUGUUUACCUGGACUUCAAGACACUUGGAAUGAGCUUCUUUUUGUUAAGUUAUUUUAUCCUUGAGACUGUUAAAACACUUGUAUUUGUGAUUGUUAAUAUAAUAGGAUUGAGAAUUGAGAAGAAAGGAAUUGAAAGAAUCAAAAUUGAAUUAUUACUUGUUGCACAAGUAACAGAGCUAGUACAUAGUUUUUAUAUCAAAUAGUUUGCACAGUUCACUUGUAA